AUGAUCAAACUGGACAUAUUAUCCUGCCGGGUCGUGGCCACCCGUCAAGUUCAGGCAUGGUUAUCACUUCGUCCCUACACUCGCGAACAGCGCUUUAUUAAAGCGCUUCAGAAACAGGAGAGACGUCUCAAGCGCGACAGCCUCCGGAGGCAAGACUCCCCUAUCGUCUUCCAGUCACAGGCUGACGCCAUUUCUUUGACGUCUGCCCACUCUGUUGUGUCGUCUCCCCUUUUUUUCGAACCUCAUGGUCCACUCAAGACACCCAAGAGACAAUUGCUUGAUCGAGAAACCCUAAAUCGUAUCUACAAUUUGUCCGUAAACACCAAUUGUAUUGUCCUUAACAUUUCCUGCGCUGGUUGUGGCGCAAAACUCCACUGUGGGACUCCUGGAACUCACGGUUUCCUUCCAGAACCUGAGAUACUUAAGUUGAAGAGCUCCAGCCAUCUUCGACGCGGUCGUAACCGUGCCGCCCAGCUACCUGUUGUGUGCUUACGUUGUCAACUAGUGGAUCAGUACGAGACGGCGCUUAAAGAGUCAGUGCCUUCAGAGCAGUACGAAGAGCAAGUAAUCACCGAGUUGAACAAUCAUGCGAAUUCAACUAUUCUCUUGGUCGCUGACAUGACAAACCUCCCUCAUUCCAUUGUCCCUCUGCGCCUUGCUAACCCUUCUGGUCAUAAAAUUGUUUUAAUCGGCAAUAAAGUGGACCAAUUGCCGAUCGAUGGUCCCAAAUUCCACUCCCGUUGGUCUGAGAUCCUUUUAAACUCAUUUACAGGAAUAUCCGGCCUGCGAAAAGAUAAUGUGUUCCACAUUGCCCUCAUUAGCGCACUCAAGGGAUAUGGGAUGGAGAAAUUGCUAGAUUUUCUGCUCUCCAAAAGGCUUAAUGUUUUUGAUAAUUGGCAACUCAACAUUAAAACGCUGUCAGGUGAUAAUUCGAUCAUCAAUCUCGAAAAAUAUGUCAUUUGUCCUGCAGGUACUACGGCUGGAUUGUUAAAGUUUCCCCUUGCCCGAAUGUCCUAUGUGAAACGCGCGCUUCGAGAUCAAGCAAAAUAUACGGAAGAGCACAGUAUCACGAGGUCUGCGGGGUCGAAAACCAGAGAACUUUAUGGAUACAUUAUAGUAGAAGGUACAAGUGCUCUUUGUUUUCUUCUACCUAUUUACUUGACAUCAUUCUCAGAUGACAAAGUCGCUGGUCCUCUGACCUCUUCCAACAUCGACGCGCAGGCGGAGCGAGUGAGGAAUGUUUUGCAAGAUCUCUCAUCUAAACCCACUUAUCGCUAUAGACGUGACUCCCAGAGAGCUGGCGUCAUUGAGGAGUCCGAUAUGGGACUUCGGAGUCUCUUCCAGGAGGAGCUGGGUGUCGACGCCACGCUUGAGGCGAAUCAGGACACUGGUAGUCGUCUUCUAAUCAGUGGAACCAUCGAUCCCAGAUGCUUCAAUCCAGAAGCAUGGUGCUAUGAUACACCUGGAUUGGAAAGCUGCGAACAAAGCCUUAAUUUCCUGUCAAGUGAUCAACUUGUGGAAUACAUGUCCCUAAUCAAUGGCAGAAAAGGUGACUUUCACCGACCUGAAAGCCGAUUUCUACUUCCGAGGACAUUCGUUCUUCGAUCAGGUCUCACUAUGCUUCUUGGACGGCUUGGCAGGUUGGAUGUUAUUGCUUCAAAAGGUCCAGUCUACUUAACAACUCAGACACGUCUCCCCGUACACAUUGUGGAAACAAGUGAUGUGAAUGCCUAUUGUGACGAAUACGCCAUGUUUCUCGGACCUGGUGGUACCUCUGAGGAGUACUCCAUGCCUUCUAUGACCCCUGUUGCUCUCGAAAGCAUACAUCCAGUUGACCUUGAGCAGUCUGUGGCCGACGUUGUUCUCUCUGGUGCAGGUUGGGUAUCAGUUUCGGGCGUUAAAGGAGCUACGAAGAAACCUUGCGACAAUCCGAGAGAGGAGACUGAGGAAGAUUAUGGAAUUUGUUUAAGAGCCUGGACACCUGGAGGUGUGGGCGUGACUGUGCGAAAGCCGUCACUACUGCCGUAUGCAAUUCGGAGACGGGGAGGGCGACUUCCCUACCUUCGUGAGUACUCUGGCGUUUCUGUGAACUCUCGGUUUGCCCAAUUUUCACCAUCGUGA